GAAUUCUUAUGCUCCUGUAUGUAUAAGGAGAACAAGGACCAGCGCAUCUAGAUCAACAGAGGAAGAGAAAGAAAUGGACACGGAUCUUGUAGGGGCGAAAGAAGACGAAGCGGAAUCGAUUCGUGAGGCCUUCGAAAAGGUGCACGCGAUUCGAAAAGGUUCAGGUGCUGGAAUCGCAAUCUUCGAAGUCAGAACGCGUGUCGAAAAGUUAAGUCCUUGGUGAAGUAAACAAGGUCUUGAAUAUUCACUCCACCAAAAUGGGUUUUAGUUUUCUAGUUUUAGGUUUUUGAGUUUUUAGUUUUUUUUUCUACGAAAAAGUAUGCAGCAGGUUGUAAUCACAAAUAUACUUGAUAGAAACCAGGAGCACUCGCAUACUUGUCAAGUAGAAGAUCAAGAUACUAAACAUACAAAAGUAGUUGAUGUCCCGCUCACAUGAUGAGGAUGUUGUUGAUGCCGUUCUUAGUAGAGGCUUGCGUGAACAGCAUCACAGGCAUGUUGCCGUGCUAAAGAAUGAGGACGAUCUUCUUCUUCCUUCUUCCUGUUCACCUAUAUAGUUUUUCGCUCUAACGUGCUGCUUGAGGCCUUUGCGACUGCGUUGUUGUGCGAUGCAAAUUACGGCCUUUUCAGUACCCUACGUUUUAUCCGAGCCUGGGUUGAGGGGCACUGGUUGCCCAUCCGUGAUGCAAAUGACUAUGAAUCAGAGCAGCUGAAAUGGGUGCACAGAAAUGAGCUCUUAGUGACGUGGCUUCCGAGUGAUUUGAUUCUAGAGCAGCUCUUCCAGGACGAGCAGGACCGAACGAUUUCAGCUGUUCUGGGUGAUCCACGAGUCCUACGGUGGCGUAGGUUCCAUAAGAUGCGGCCUCUAUCAUCUGUUGAAGAAAGGCAUGGCCCCGCCUAUUAUCUAUCUAUGGAGAUGGGGAACACCCCACCAGCAACCACAGAAGAAGAAAUUGACGCUAUGACGCUAGAACUGCCUUCGACGCCGACAGGUGACCUGAAGGAGCCUCUAUUCUGGGUGGAGGCCGCCACAACCAUGACUCUGCGACCGUGGGCGGACCGUAUCAUUCCAGAGGCGCGCCGUGUAUGGAAAGAUGUACGCACCAUUUGUGCUAGAAUUACGACUGAAGAAGUAGACAGCUUGUUGGGGGGCCCGGACACGGCGGCUAAUGCGGAACUAGAGGACGAAGGAAGCCCGCAUCACAGGGGUGGACCCAACCUUGGCAAAGGGGGGGGACUCGCGCAAGAAGGUUCCAGCAACGGCUAUUGGCUCGGGGACGGCUAAGAUUGAUAAGGCAGAGAAAAUUGGGGGACCACAGAGCCCAGGAAACAAGGGAAAUGGGUUCGCAUCGGCGGUGAAGAAUCUUAGACUUGCAGGCGAAGGACUCGCCGCGGCAUUCCGACCGUCAGGUGGCUCAUCGGCUUCAUCGCCGGGGCAAGGCCCUGCUCCAGUUGACUCCGUCAUUCAAAGUGAUGCAGCUAGCGGGUCUUCAUCGAGUGCCGCAUCGUCAAACGGAGUGCGUAUUGCGCAGCUUCAUCAAGUGGAGGAUCUGCGUCUGCCGUCUCAAGCUCAACUCCCGAUUUUUCUUCUACAACUGCCAACAGCGGAGCAGGACCUCCUAGUUCUCCUAGUUCUCCUAGUCAACGACAGCAUGGUAUCCGCGAAGUGAUUGCGUCAAGUAGCCCGUCUUUUGGUGAUGGUACUAGAAGCGAUCGUCAUCAGGUGGACCAAGAAGACCCAAAAAUCCCAAACGAAAAGCAAGGGAACCGCGGAAAAACAACGCCGUUGCGUCCGUGGCAGAAGGCACUCGCAAUUGUAGUACCAAUAGUUGUCAUUGUUCCUGCAUCUUUUGUAAGGUCUAAAACAAGACACUUCUGACGAAAUCUAUGGUAUAGUAACAUCAAGAUAGAAUUGUAGUAGGUGCCAUUGAACUAGAUAGAUACACAUAGAAGUUCUUUUGAGAAUUGAAAAGACGUGGCACUAGACUGGCCAUGAAGAAGCACAUAAGAGGCACACUCAUGACCACAUUGCAAAGACAAAUAUGUCUACUACUGGAAUCAAAUUGAUAUUAAACAGGACUACUUCAUGUUGCCAUUACACUGCACACUUGACACACUGCCGGAACUGUUUUGUUCCGCCAUCAGGCUUGUAGGACUAACUGGGACCACACCAUGAUGAUGAUUGCCAUUACUGCUUAGGAGAAUCAUGAAAUGAUGUGUGAAUUUG